GCUCGGGCGCUCGUAAGGGGGGCCCGGAUCUUCAAAAAAAUGCAGCGCUGCCGGGCCCCCCUUCAUGCCCGGGCCCGGUACGCUUGUCCCCCCUGUCCCCCCCUGAUGGCGGCCCUGGUCACCAGUCUUCCAGAAAAGCUUCUGCACAGCUGUUUAGUGAAAGAUGCUGGUGUACAAUCUCCUCCUUCUGUCCCUGACAUCUAUUGGUGGACUCUGUCAAUCAUGGGGCACAACAUGGAAUAACUACUACACUUUUAGCAGCUGUUGGGACAUUAAGAAAUCAAAUGAAAGAUCACCAGAUGGAAUAUACACACUGACCUCUUCAGAUGGGAUAUCCUACCAGACCUUCUGUGACAUGACUACAAAUGGAGGAGGUUGGACCUUGGUGGCCAGUGUUCAUGAGAACAACAUGGCAGGAAAGUGCACUAUGGGGGAUCGCUGGUCCAGCCAACAAGGGAAUCGAGCUGACUAUCCAGAGGGCGAUGGCAACUGGGCAAACUAUAACACGUUUGGAUCAGUUGAUGGAGCAACUAGCGAUGACUACAAGAAUCCUGGUUAUUAUGACAUCCAAGCCAAAGACAUCAGCGUGUGGCAUGUGCCCAACAAGACUCCACUAAGAGGCUGGAGGGGUUCAUCCCUUCAGAGAUAUCACACAACAAGUGGCUUCUUUUCCAGAGUAGGUGGAAACCUUUUCCACUUGUACCAGAUAUAUCCGCUGAGGUACAACGCUGGAAGCUGCCCAGGAAACAAUGGACCUGUUGAGCGAGUCGUGUAUGACUUUGGGAGCAGCGAGAAGACGGCUUCUUUUUACUUGUCAUUUCAAAGAUCUAUGGCUUGGUUUACCCCUGGUUAUAUCCAGUUUCGAGUGUUUAACACAGAGAAAGCAGCAUUGGCUUUGUGUCCAGGGAUGAAGGUCGAAGGGUGCCAUAAUGAGCAUUUGUGCAUUGGAGGCGGUGGUUUCUUCCCAGAAGAGAGCCCAAGACAAUGCGGGGACUUCACAUCCUAUGACUGGGAUGGAUACGGAACAGGAACAGGAAACAGUGCGAGCAAGGCGAUAACCAAAGCAUCUGUCCUUCUCUUUUAUCGCUAAUCCGCUGGAGGCUUUACCAUCAGUUUACACUGUACUUAAACUGCCUGCCAUAUUCUCUACCAUGAAAUAAAGCUUAAGCACCUUGACCCUGCUUGUUGGUAUGGUCCAGAGGUACAUAUAAAGAGUAUGUCCUUGAUACACACUUAUCUACAAGGUGAUCAACCUAUGAGCUGGUGGAUCUCAGUUGCAGC